AGUGGGUAAAAUUCCAUGCUUUGGUUUGAUGAAAUAUUGAAAUGGUACAGAUUACAGACUAAGAAAAGAAGAAGAAGAAAAGGGAAAUUACUGCUGUGGCAGUCCCCUACUCACACACUCAGCAGCAUUUACACUCUCGCACUGUGACAAACAGAAAAGCUCUCAACUUUCACCCAUCCCCCCUUAUUCCUUCUUCCUCCGCCGAAAAUUCAUGGCUUCCAGCUGCCCCUAACUCCCAGAAUCAUCACUUCAGCUAACCGCCCAGUGAGCACCCUCUUCAAUUAAGUUCCCUGCUCGACUUCUUCGACUGGUUCGCUUGAAUUUUUCUGCGAGAGGGGCUGUUGUUUAGCUUGGGAGGGUUAUGGAUGAGGGAGUUUCUCUGAGCAGGCAUACUUUCGCCAUUGUCCUUCUUCUUCUGCUGCUUCUGAGUUUUGAAGGAUGCAAUUCCAUGGAACCUUUGCUCCCAGAGUUAUCUCCUAAUGCAGCUCCUCAGCCAUUUCUUCCUCUCCUGGCACCUUCCCCUCUGACUCCUUUCACAAAAAACACAAUUCCACGACUAUCAGGAGAGUGUGCAUUGAACUUUACUGCCGCUGAGAGCAUGAUGAGCACAACAUCGAUUGAUUGUUGGGCAUUCUUUGCGCCACUUCUGGCCAAUGUCAUGUGUUGUCCUCAGUUGGAAGCUACACUCACUAUUCUCAUAGGCCAAGCUAGUAAAGCCAGCAAUGUGCUGGCUCUAAGUGGCAGUGCAUCAAAGUACUGCCUUUCGGAUAUCGAGCAGAUCUUGAUUGGUCAGGGUGCUGCUGAGAAUCUGAGGAGGAUAUGCUCCAUUCAUCCGUCGAAUCUCACCAAAGGGUCUUGUCCUGUUAGAGACGUGGAUGAGUUUGAGAAAUCUGUGGAGUCUGAAAAGCUCCUUGCUGCUUGCCAAAAUAUCAAUCCCGUGAAGGAAUGUUGUGAGCAAGUUUGUCAAAAUGCCAUUUCUGAAGCUGCUGAAAAGAUCGCGGCAAAAGCUUCUCCAGUUUUGACUCUCAAUGGUCCCGGUACUUUACCUAUGAACUCAUCAACUGUAGUUCAUGAUUGCAAGAGGAUUGUCUUAAGAUGGCUUGCUAGUAAAAUGGAUUCUUCAAGAGCAAAGGAGGUUCUCAGGGGGCUUACCAAUUGCAAAGUGAACAAAGUUUGCCCUCUGGUUUUCCCUGACAUGAAACAUGUCACCAAGGAAUGUAGCAACACGAUGCGAAACCAGACAGAAUGUUGUCAAGCCAUGGAGAGCUAUGUGUCUCACUUACAGAAGCAGAGCCUCAUUACAAAUCUUCAAGCUUUAGAUUGCUCUACAACGCUUGCUAUGAAGCUGCGAAAUUCAAACAUCACAAGUGAUAUUUAUAGCCUUUGUCACAUAACUCUCAAAGAUUUCUCACUCCAAGUUUUGGGAGCAGAAUCUGGAUGCCUUCUGCCAAGUUUGCCCUCUGAUGCAACAUUUGACCAGUCUUCUGGGAUCAGCUUCAUCUGUGAUCUGAAUGACAAUAUUCCAGCGCCAUGGCCCACUUCUUCACAGUUAUCAGCAUCGUCGUGCAAUAAAACUACCAAACUCCCAGCACUUCCAGCUGCUGCUUCUUCUGCUCAAAGUGGCCUGUACCACAGGGGAGUGUUCUUUCUCAUGUUGUCGCUAACUUCAACAGCCACCGCUGUGCUCUUAUGAUCUCCGGUCAUCCAGCCACGCUGCUUUCGUUUUAUUGUAGAUCAACAAGACGGUUCCAUGUUCCCUUGCAAAAUAUACAGUCACUAUACGAAAGAUGUAGACUUUGAAGAAGAGGUGAUCAACAAUGAAGAAGUUGUCCCUGCAACCAGAGAGACUACUUCUUCCAAGUGAAAUUGCGGUGUCCUCUCCCUCGGUUUCGUCCUACCAAUUGAGCCUUCAAUCCUCAACAGCAUGCUCCCUCUGAUCCCCCAUUGAUUCAUCAAUUCUUGUUUGCUGGUGUAACAAAUUUUUGUAAGAGAAUGUUGAUAUAUAUAGAUAGAUAGCUAUUGUAUGUGUAGCCCAAGCUUCAUACUUAGCUACUUGUUAGCUUGGGAUGUAGUGAAUGUUGAACAUUGUAUGAGCUUUAGUUUGGAUAUCAGCAAUGUGAUUUCCAUAUGUGGUGGUGGAGGUUCUGUAGUGUUAGCAUGAUAUUUAUGAAUGACGGUGGCUCGACUCGUUGAAUAAAAUAAGUUUG